AGAGAAAAAUAUAGUCUGCAAAUUAUGAACAAGAAGGAGAAGAUGAGCGACGGUGGAGAUAGCCUUCUUUCGAAUGGGAAAGCAGAAAGAGGCAACGACGACGGCGUUUACUCCGGCUGCUCACUCUCGCCGGCGCUCAUGGCGACGGUGAUCUCCAUUUCAGAUACCUUCUUGCCGGCCGUUGAUGUCCCUCAGCACGCCGCCGUCAACGACGACGACUCCGUCAAGCUUUUCUUCCAAACUUCUGCCUCCAUGGCCGGAACUCCACAACGUGUUGCGUGGAUGAUAAGUGAAAGGUUGAAACAUCCUAAGAUGAUUUUAUGCCGGUUGACACUGUGGUUGUUGUCAACGAGGAUAGGAACGUUAAUGUUGUGUGGUAAGGCAAGCUUGUCGUGGCAAUUUCCAUAUUUGCAGAGCUUUCCUCACAUUUCAGUGGAGAAGAGAGCUGAGAUUGUGAGAUCAUGGUCUUGCUGCUACAUCAAGCUCCUCAAAACCUUUUACCUUGCCAUGAAGAUUUUGGUUCUCCUUGCAUUCUUCUCUCAGGUAAAUGAAAACAAUGAAAACAUAUCAUGGAAAGCAAUAGACUACUGCGGCCCGGACCCUGACAGCAGCAAAAAACCAGCAAGAAAGAGCAAGAAAUGGAGAACUGGGGAGCAACAUAUGGCAUUAUCAGAAGAACAGAAGAAGGAAGAAGAAGAUGUUGUGGUACCUAUGAAUGCAGAGCUCCUCCUAGGGCCACUUUACAAAGGGGUCAUUAAUCUGAAUCAAGAGCCUCGUCGACAAGUUUUUGACAGGCUGCAGAAGCUGGGCUUUCCUGUUUCGCCUUGCAUGCAGAAGGGCUCGGGAAAGCCAUCAUUCGUUAUAGAUUGUGAUGCGGUGGUGGUGGGAUCGGGCUCGGGGGGAGGGGUUAUAGCGGGGGUUCUGGCAAAUGCAGGUCACAAAGUGGUGGUUUUAGAGAAAGGGAAAUACUUUGCGAGAAGUAGCCUUUCACUCCUGGAAGGGACUUCGCUGGAUGAAAUGUAUUUAGGGGGUGGAUUGGUGGCAAGCAAGAAUAUGGACAUUUUAAUGCUGGCGGGGUCUACUGUAGGUGGAGGCUCGGCGAUAAACUGGUCUGCUUCGAUUCAGACACCUCCACAUGUGUGCAAGGAAUGGGAUGAAGCUCAUAAGCUGGAAUUGUUUGGCAGCAAGGAGUAUGAACACGCGAUGGAGACUGUGUGUCGGAAAAUGGGAGUUCAGAGUGAAGUUGAGGAUGAAGGGUUCCAAAACAUGGUUUUGAGGAAAGGGUGUCUGGAAUUGGGCUAUCCCAUGGAGACAAUCCCCCGGAAUGCUUCUCGUGAUCACUACUGUGGAUGGUGCUGUUUUGGCUGCAAAGACGGGAAGAAGAAAGGUACAUCAGAGACAUGGCUAGCGGACUUGGUGGAUUCGGGGAAUGGGGUAAUACUUCCGGAAUGUGAAGCAGUGAAAGUGAUACAUAGUAAUAAGAAAACAGGAAGAGAAAGAGCUGAAGGAGUUGUGUUCGCGUACCAGAGCAAUGGGGUGAAAGAAUUCUGCUUUGUGAAGUCACGGGUGACUGUCGUUGCCUGUGGGGCUCUGUGUACUCCAUCGCUGCUCAAGAACAGCGGGCUGGGGAACCCGAAUAUUGGAAGAAAUUUGCAUCUGCAUCCAGUGGUAUUCGCGUGGGGGUAUUUCCCAGAUGCCCCGAGUUCUGAGGCAUGGCCAGAAGCAGAGAAGAAAGGCUACCAAGGAGGAAUCAUGACUGCAAUGUCCAAAGUUGUGGCAAAUUUCGAAGAAUCUGGCUAUGGUGCCCUCAUACAAACACCUUCCCUGCACCCUGGACUUUUCUCAGCUAUCAUGCCAUGGCUGUCAGGCACCGAUAUCAAAACAAGAAUGCAAAGAUUUUCAAGAACAGCGAUUCUAUUCGCCCUGGCUAGAGACAAGACCUCCGGGGAAGCCCCGUCCCCAUCCUCGAUAAGCUACAAUCUGCAAAAGACUGACAAAGAUAACCUGAAAAAUGGGCUGGAAAAGGUUCUGAGAAUAUUGGCAGCUGCCGGAGCUGAGGAGAUCGGGACCUGCCAUCGCACCGGGAAGAUACUGAAACCGAAGGGGGCUAGCAGAGACGAAAUCGAGGAGUUCGUGGAGAAAGAGAGCUCAAGGGAUCUGGGAAACCUGUCAACACUCAUAGGCUCUGCACAUCAAAUGGGGAGUUGCAGGAUGGGGGUGGAUCCAAGGAGCUCAGUGGUUAACCCCAUGGGGGAAACUUGGGAGGUGGAAGGGCUGUUCUUGGCCGAUUCCAGCGUGUUCCCAACGGCUCUCGGUGUCAAUCCUAUGGUCACUGUUCAGGCCAUUGCAUAUUGCACAGCACAGUCUGUGCUUAAGUUCUUGAAAACACAGAAGCAUAUGCAGCAGGGAUACAUAAAAAAGUUACAAGACUUGGCUGUCUGAGCCUCUGAGAGAUAUUGAGAUUUGAGAGUUGAACAAAAAUACAUUUGAUGCUAAUAUAAUACAAGAAUGCAAACCAAGCAUGAUUCAAUAAGAAGUAAUUUCUGGAAAUUAUCACUA